CUCCCUCUCGCUGCCGCCUCCUCCCCAUCUCCCUUCUUUCUUCUUCACAACCUCAGGAAGAUUCAGUUCGUCCGUAGACCAAAGAAAACCGGCCGGAAAUCGCCGUCCCUGCCGUUGCUGUUCGCCGCCGUUCGCUGCGCCGAGCGUGGGGAUGAAGCCGCCGUGGCGCCCUCUUCCUCCUCGCUGAACCGGAGCCGGAGCUGCUCAAGAACGCCGCCGCCGCCAAGACGGCACCGGUGCGCCGCUGUGCACGCCGACGACCUCCGCCUCGCCCCGCCGUCGUCUCCAUCCUCCCCAACCUUCUCCCUUGACGUGUUCGUCGUUGUGCCACCAGAGGCGCAGCAGCGUCGAUCUUGGUCGAGUUUUCCCUGUUCCCUUCAAAGGACCAAGCCCCUCUCUUCAAUCAUCAACUGGUUAAACGGCAGGCCUGUUUCAUCUGCGCUGAAGACGCCGGUACCGAGGAGUACGGCGAGGAGUACGACUACUACCCUGAGGAGGAUCGUGCCGGUUUCUCUUCUUCUGACUUGACAGGUACGACAGGUUUUGAGUAUCCACCUGGACACUACUUUGUGGACUACGCUGAGGACGACUACGUCGAGUAGAGAGGACGCUCCUAAGGCAGCAGCCUGGGGCUUGCUGGAUAUGGAUCCGACUGCUUUAUUUAUGGACUCUUAGUCCCAUUUGCAUCUUGUCUGUACUCAGACGUAUAUUCGCUUCCGCAUGAUGUAUUGAUGUAUUGUUGGGACAUGUGUCCUCUGAGUGUUAUUUGCUAUCUUGCUCUAUGAGCGCUGCUAUAUACUUAUUUAACUCUUUUGUGUCGUAGAGUUAAUGUUGUGAUAUCA